AUGGGUUGGGAUUUGCUCCUCGCUUCUGCCCUUGCUCUCUCACUAUGGAGCCUGGUCCUAAACGAAGCAACUGCCGGGAGUAGGGAAUACGAUGGUGGUAAAUUAUUUCCGGGCAAAUUGUCAGUCUCAGGCUGCAAUUUAUAUGAAGGCACAUGGGUCUAUGAUGGGUCCUAUCCUCUAUAUGACUCUUCUAAAUGAGCCUUCAUCGAUCCGGAAUUCGACUGUGUGAAGAAUGGUCGGCCUGAUAAGCUCUAUCUCGAGUAUAGAUGCCAACCCAGUGCUUGUGAUUUACCGAGAUUCAAUGCUCUUGACUUCCUAUCGAAGAUGAAAGGAAAAGCAAUUAUGUUCGUCGGAGACUCGCUAGGCGCGAACCAAUGGCAGUCACUGCUAUGCAUGAUUCAGACUGAAAUGCCGAAUGCCAAAACCAGCAAGGUGGCAAAGGGUUCAUUAUAUUCUUGUCUGUUCACGGACUAUAGAGUGAAUGUUUCAUAUUAUCGAUCUCCUUAUCUCGUGGACAUAAUACAAGAGCCAACGGGCAAAGCUCUAAGACUUGGUUCGAUCAAUGAUUGGAAACUAUGUGCAAAAGGAUGGGACGACACGCAGAGUGGCGAUUGUUAUGGACAAAAGGAACCAAUUAGUGGAUCAACAUACCCAGGAGGACCCAUGCCACAGAUGGAGGUGUUGGAGAGAGUGAUAAAAGGUAUGACGAGACCAGCAAAUCUACUCAACACAUCUCUGCUCUCCCAGCUUAGGAAGGAUGCCCACCCUUCAAUUUACACCUCUCCUAAGGGCAAAGAUUGCAGCCAUUGGUUUCUGGCCGGCCUGCCCGAUACAUGGAAUCAACACUUCUCUAUUCUUUUAAUAUCAUCCUUAGCAUUGGAUUAG